UAAUUUAGCGACAUCUUCCUUUUUGUCUACGGACACGUCGUGAGCACGUUGUAUUGAGUGUAGUUUUUACGGUAAAAACUACAAAAAUGUCGUCCCAUCUCAACUGGAUGAUCAUUCGUAACAACAACGCCUUCCUCGUCAAGAAGAAGAACAUCAAAAAGCCGUUCAGCAAGGAGCCCAACAAUGUGACUAACCUCAACUCGUACCGAUACAAUGGCUUGAUCCACAAGAAGGCCGUCAGCGUGGUUGAGAACCCGGACAGGAAAGGAUUCACAGUUGUGUACAAAAAGGCUAAGGCAACCCACAAGCCCGCCAAGAACACUGUUAGGCGGCCAUUCAAAGCCGGCGCCAGGAGGUCCCUCUUCAAGGUAAAGAGACUGCUGAAAGCCAACCACUACCGCACCGACCUUUGCAAGGCUACCCUUCGUCGCGCGUCUGCCAUCCUCAGGUCUCAGAGGCCCAUCAAGGCGAAGAAACCUAAGGCGGCAGCUGCCAAGACAGAAUAAUUUUAACAUGUAAGGGAUUAAUAAAAAAAGUUAAAAAACUA